UUUUUUUUUCCUGAGUUUGGACCCAGUCAAUCCAAUAGGUAUUGCUUUCUUUAUAUAACCCAUCUCUUUAUAUCCCCUCCCAUCUCCUCCCUCCUCCGCCACAACAAACCAUGUCCAUCCUCGCCGGAAAACUCAUCUCCUCGUUCUCCUUUAUUUUCAUAUACUUGAUCACCACCCUCACCUUAUCUCAACCCGAUUUCCUUUACUCAAUCUGCGACACCGCUGCUAACUUUACAGCAACCAGUACAUACGGAAGAAAUCUAAACGCCACCCUCACCGCCCUCCCCACCACAAACUCCGGCUUCGGUUUCUUCAACAGCUCCAGCGGCAACGGAAACGACAGAGCCAACUCCUUCGCCCUUUGUCGAGGCGACGUCAAUCCAGAUGCUUGUCGCAGUUGUGUAAAUGACUCCAUCGUUAAGUUGCGAGAAACCUGCCCUAAUCAAAAAGAAGCAGUAGGAUACUACGACAACUGUUUGUUGAAAUACUCCAACCUCACAAUAUUGGGAGGCGUAAACACUAGGAUAAGGAGUUAUGUGACGUUGUACAACAUUAAUAACGUGUCCGAUAUUCAACGGUUUAAUAGUGCUCUUAGACAGUUAAUGAAUGACUUGAGAAGCACGGCGGCUUCCGGCGGCCGGUUAAGGAAAUUUGCCGGCAACAACAUGACGGGGCCGGAUUUCACAACGAUCUAUGGGCUUGUGCAGUGUACACCAGACUUGUCGGAGCUUCAAUGUAGUGACUGUUUGGAGGAAGCAAUUAAUCUAAUCGGGAUGCCGCCUAUAUAUGGGAAAGUAGGAGGGAGAAUUUUACAAACUAAGUGUAAUUUCAGGUAUGAGAUAUAUCGGUUUUUUAAUAUGAGUAAUAUAGUGGUUCCAUCACCGCCGUCUUCGCCACCACAACCACCGAUUUUGCCGCAAUCUCCGGCCAUUCCACCGCCACCAGGGAAAAGGAAUAACACGACACGCACUGUCCUAAUAAUUGUUCUUAUAACAGUCGGCACUGUCAUAAUAAUUGCCUCAAUAUGUAUCUUCAUAGUAUUGAAGAGAAAGAAAAAGAAAAUCUUGCCGCCGCCACUUCCGCCUCUUGAAAAUAGUGAGACUGGAAUGAUGGAUAUUGGAACUGCUGAUGCUUUGCAAUACAACUUUAACCUGGUGAGAGCAGCAACCAAUGACUUCUCUGAAGAGAAUAAGCUUGGAAAAGGUGGAUUUGGUGUAGUUUACAAGGGUAAGCUUGGAGAUGGACAGGAAGUUGCCGUAAAGAGGCUAGGAAGGGAUUCUGGGCAAGGUGAUGUGGAAUUCAAGAAUGAGGUUUUGCUAGUUGCAAAACUUCAACAUCGUAAUUUGGUUAGACUACUUGGUUUCAGCAUAGAAGGGAGUGAACGACUUCUCAUUUACGAGUACUUGCCAAAUGCAAGUCUCGAUCAGUUUAUAUUUGAUCCAACUAAACGCACACUUCUUGAUUGGGAAAAGAGAUACAAGAUCAUCAAAGGCAUUGCGAAGGGACUUUUAUACCUUCAUGAAGAUUCUCGUUUAAGGAUAAUUCACCGUGAUAUGAAAGCUAGUAAUGUUUUGUUAGAUGCAGAAAUGAUUCCUAAAAUUGCGGAUUUUGGGAUGGCCAGACUGUUUAAACCAGAAGAAACUCAAGGUGACACUAGUCGAAUUGUCGGAACCUACGGUUACAUGGCACCUGAAUAUGCCAUGCAUGGGCAAUUCUCAGUGAAGUCGGAUGUGUUUAGUUUUGGAGUAUUAGUACUCGAGAUGGUAACAGGUCAAAAAAACCAAUGCUUUCGGAGUGGAGAUAACGUUGAAGAUCUUAUGAGCUUUGCAUGGAAAAGUUGGCGAAAUGGGACGGUGGCAGAUAUAAUAGAUGCUACAUUGAAAACAGGAUCAGGUUCAUUACGUGACGUCAUUAGAAGUAUACACAUUGGGUUAUUAUGUGUCCAAGAAAAUGUUAUCGAUAGGCCAACCAUGGCUUCAGUUGUUCUUAUGCUUAAUAGCUUCUCUCUCACGCUUCCCCUACCAUCAAAACCAGCUUUUUUCAUGCAUAGUACCAUUGAUCCUGAAAUGCCACUUCUUAAGGAAUUUAGUUCAUCGAAUUCAGGAAGUAGUGGUUUUGGAAAACCUCAAAUAUCAAAAUCAAAAUCAAGAUCGUCUCAAGUUUCAGUAAAUGAUGUUUCAAUAUCCGAGAUCAUUCCUAGAUAAGCUUUUACAUUGCACUUGAUAUGGUUACAUAUAUUUCUUAUUUAUUUCAUUUUCAUUAAGGCUACUAUUUUGAACUUGCUAGUUUAAACCUGGAUGUAAUAUAUAGCAUAAAAAAUAAUUUUUAAUUUCCUUCUUCCUACUUCUUGGCUUUGACUAAGCCACCUAUCAUAGUAUAUAGAACACAACUCAUAGACCUUUAUUAUUACACCCUUUCAAUCUGAUAUCUCAUAGUAUAUAGAAC